AUGGGUCUAAAAAUCUUACGUGUGGUUCCUCUUUUGUUGUAUCUCGUCUUCAACAAAAGACAAUCCCAGAAAGAGAAAACCAAAAAGUGUAAUUAAAAAAAAAACAAACAAACAAAUUGAGGAGUGAAGCGGUGAAAACAAGAGGAAAAGGUGGCUCCUUUUUGUUUCUGGAGAUGCGUUUUGCAGUGACUCUUCAUUGAUUUGUAGGGCUUCUCUACUCAGAUUUCGAGUUGGGUUUGUUUGAAUCUCAGUAAAGUUUUCAUCUUUAUUAGAAAUUUUCCGAUUUGGGGGAAAUGGAUGAUUGGUAUCAGCUUGCACAGUCUGGAAUCAUAGGUUUGAUCUUCGCUUACCUUCUCGCUAAGCUAAUCUCUAUCCUCGUCGCGUUUAAAGGCGAGAAUCUCUCACUCACUCGCGACCACACGACUGAAUCGGAGUAUGAGAGCUUGCGCAAGGUCGAAUCUUCAACCGGGAUUGGCGGCGAGACAGAGUCUCUUGUGGCUGAGCAAGGUAGUUUGAGAGGUGAUGAUGAAGACGAAGAUGAUGAUUGGGAAGGUGUUGAAAGUACAGAACUUGAUGAGGCAUUUAGUGCUGCUACGGCUUUUGUCGCUGCUGCUGCAUCUGACAGGCUUUCUCAGAAAGUAUCAAAUGAGUUGCAGCUUCAGCUUUAUGGAUUCUAUAAGAUUGCUACUGAAGGACCUUGUACUGCUCCUCAACCAUCAGCUCUCAAAAUGACUGCUCGGGCCAAGUGGCAAGCAUGGAAGAAAUUGGGUGCUAUGCCUCCUGAAGAAGCAAUGGAGAAGUAUAUCGAUCUUGUUACUCAAUUGUAUCCAGCUUGGGUAGAAGGUGGCUCGAAAAAAAGAAAUCGUAGUGGUGAUGCUGCAGCAGGCCCAAUGGGACCGGUGUUUAGCUCAUUGGUGUACGAAGAGGAAUCCGAAAAUGAGUUGAAGAUUGAUGCCAUACACGGCUUUGCUAGAGAAGGAGAAGUCGAGAAUCUAUUGAAGUGCUUAGAAAAUGGCAUACCUGUAAAUGCAAGAGAUAGUGAAGGUCGAACACCGCUUCAUUGGGCUAUAGACCGUGGCCAUCUGAACGUUGCUAAAGCUCUAAUUGAUCAGAAUGCUGAUGUGAAUGCUAAAGACAAUGAAGGCCAAACCUCUCUACACUACGCUGUUGUCUGCGAAAGAGAAGCAAUCGCCGAGUUCUUAGUGAAGCAGAAAGCUGAUACAACCAUUAAAGAUGACGAAGGAAACUCGCCUCUUGAUCUCUGUGAAUCAGAGUGGCCUUGGAUGCGAGAGAAGAUAGAUUCCAAUUAAUGUGUGUCAAAUCAAUGUCUCAAAAACUAGAUGCUUUGUUUUUCUUCUGAAUCUUUGCUUCCUCCUAAAUCAAUGUUAUGACAAAACAAGUACAACAACACACAUUAACAUAUACACACAAGUAACUAAGUUUUAUUGGUUACUAUAUUACAACA